GGGGCUGCCGAGCACGCUGGAGCCGGCGCCAGAGGUCGCCUGCACGCGCCCUAGUAGAGCCCUGGGUACCAUGCCGCGGCGACUGCAGCCCCGGGGCGCGGGCACAAAGGGCCCGCCCGCUACGGCCGCACUUGCUUCAGGGGCCACUCCACGUCCCCGCCGCGCCCCCGCCGACCCCGCAGUGUCGGCCAAGCCGCUGCUGCGUUGGGACGAGGUGCCAGACGACUUCGUGGAGUGCUUCAUCCUGUCCGGCUACCGGCGGCUGCCUUGCACAGCGCAGGAGUGCCUGGCCUCGGUGCUGAAGCCAACUAACGAAACGCUCAACUUCUGGACGCACUUCAUCCCGCUGCUGCUGUUCCUGAGCAAGUUCUGCCGCCUGUUCUUCCUGAGCGGCCGGGACGUGCCCUUUCACCACCCGUGGCUGCUGCCCCUGUGGUGCUAUGCGUCGGGCGUGCUGCUGACCUUCGCCAUGAGCUGCACAGCGCACGUGUUCAGCUGUCUGUCGCUGCGCCUGCGCGCCGCCUUCUUCUAUCUGGACUACGCGUCCAUCAGCUACUAUGGCUUCGGCAGCACGGUGGCCUACUACUACUACCUGCUGCCGGGCUUGAGUUUGUUGGACGCCAGAGUCAUGACCCCAUACGUUCAGCAACGUCUGGGCUGGCACGUGGACUGCUCACGUCUGAUCGCCGCGUACCGCGCUCUCGUGCUGCCUGUAGCCUUCGUGCUGGCGGUGGCCUGCACUGUGGCCUGCUGCAAGAGCCGCACCGACUGGUGUGCCUAUCCGUUCGCGCUGCGCACCUUUGUCUUCGUCAUGCCGCUCAGCAUGGCCUGCCCCAUCAUGCUUGAGAGCUGGCUCUUCGAUCUACGCGGGGAAAACCCCACACUCUUCGUGCACUUCUACCGCCGCUACUUCUGGCUGGUGGUGGCCGCCUUCUUCAACGUGAGCAAGAUCCCCGAGCGCAUCCAGCCGGGCCUCUUCGACAUUAUCGGCCACAGCCACCAGCUCUUCCACAUAUUUACCUUCCUCAGCAUUUAUGACCAAGUGUACUACGUGGAGGAGGGCCUGAGCCAGUUCCUCAAGGCGCCGCCUGCCGCACCCACCUUCUUGGGCACUGUGGGCUACAUGCUGCUGUUGGUGAUUUGCCUGGGGCUGGUCAUCCGGAAGUUCCUAAACGUCUCUGAAUUCUGCUGUAAGAAGUGAGCCGACCUUCCUUCCCCUUGGAGGAGGCCGCUGGUUCGCCCACCUGUUUGUUUGGAGCUACUGUUGUAUUGGUUUGUUUUCAAGUUUUGUUGUGUUGCCUUCUUUGUU